AUGAGGCUCGGACAGAAAGCAGCGUGGACUCUCUUCCCUCGCAGCACCAUCAGAACCAUGUCGUCGGCUAAGCCCCGCAUUCUCUUCUUCAAUCCCGUGAGGCACGCAGUGCCGUUUUACGAGAAGCUCCAGGAGUAUGCUCACACAGAGGUGGUGACAAGUAAAAGUCGGGAGGAGUUCUGCAAAGAUGUCACAGGAAAAUAUAAAGACAUCUUUGCCAUUUAUCGGACAUCCGCUAGCGGUGCUGUAGCUGGGAAGUUCGAUGCCGAACUAAUCAACCACCUCCCAUCAAGCUGCAAAUACAUCUUCCACAACGGCGCAGGCUACGACCCCAUCGACACCGAAGCCUGCGCCAAACGAGGCAUCAUCGUCACCAACGCCCCGGACCCAGUGACAGAUGCAACCGCUGACCUAGCUAUCCUCCUACUCCUGGGUGCUCUGCGAAACCUUAACCCGGCACUUCGCUCCCUUCACGCCGGGACCUUCAAACAAGGCGUAGGUUUCGGCCACGACCCUCAAGGAAAGACGCUAGGUAUCCUCGGUAUGGGCCGAAUCGGCCGUGCUAUCAAACAGCGCUGCGAACCUUUCGGAAUCAAGACAGUCUAUCAUAACCGUCGUCCCUUGUCUGCUGAUCUGUCUGCCGGGGCCGAGUACGUCUCCUUUGAGAAACUGCUCACUGAGAGUGAUCUCAUCAGUAUUAACGUGCCCUUGAAUGCGAAUACGAAGCAUUUAAUUGGCUCAGCGGAGAUCGCGAAGAUGAAGCGCGGCGUUGUGAUUAUCAAUACGGCUCGUGGUGCUAUUGUUGACGAGGCUGCUAUGGCUGAUGCCCUGGAGAGUGGGCAUAUUGGUGCUGUUGGCUUGGAUGUGUAUGAGAGGGAGCCGGAGAUCAAUGAAAGACUCGUGAAGAAUGAACGUGCGCUUUUGGUGCCGCAUAUUGGGACACAUACGUAUGAAACGUUGGCGAAGAUGGAGGAGUGGGCGAUGGAGAAUGCGAGACGGGCGAUUGUGGGUGAGGUGUUGUUGUCCCCGGUUCCGGAGCAUUGGGGGUUGGUGAAUGGGAAGGCUUAG